AGGAUGGCUCCGCAAAGUGACCGCUCGCCGGGUGAAGUGCAGCCCUAUUUCGGUGGCGCUGAGGACCCUCCCUCCGCGCCCGGCGGCAGCUCAGCGAGCAGCAGGGGUGCCUCGCCGGCCCGCACCCCCCUGACCCCGCGGGAGACGGCGGUCCGCAGGAAGGGGAAGGCGCGACGGGGUCGCGGGAAGGCACGGAGCGAAGGGCUGCUCAGCAAGCAGAAGAGGAGCCGGCGCAUGAAGGCCAACGACCGGGAGAGGAACCGCAUGCAUCACCUCAACUCCGCCCUGGACGCGCUCCGCAGCGUCCUUCCCACCUUCCCCGACGACGCCAAACUCACCAAGAUAGAGACCCUCCGCUUCGCCCACAACUACAUCUGGGCGCUGACCCAGAGCCUCCGCCUGGCCGAGCAGGGCCUUCCCGAGCCUCCCCCGCCACCGCCCCCCGCCGCCGCCGCCGCAUCCCCCGGGCCCUGGGACUCGGCCUGCCCCGCCGCUCCUCCGCCCCCCACCCUGCGCCGCGGCCCCGCCGCUUUCCCUGCCUUCGUCUGAGCCGGCCGCCCGGCUGCUUUCCCCCCUCUUUUGGCCUUCAAAUCGCUGGCGGAGCGGAGGGUGGGCUCCCCGCGCUGCGCGCCGGGGGGCGGGCGGCCGCUCCUGUGCCCGCUACCCCGUCCCGCUUGGCUGGAGCGCAGCGGCAGCGGGCGGACAAAAGCAAAUCGCGGCUUUGUACACGGAAUCGGUAAAUUAUAUUAAUUUGUCACUAUUGGUAUUUAUUGGUUAUAUUUAGUAACAAAUAUGUAUUUUGUACAUAAGAGUA